CGAGCAGCAUGUCUGAAGCGUACGGCACCUUCGGGGCGUCGGCUCCGUCGGCGCAGCCGCGUCAACCCCGCUGGAAGAAGACCCUGUCGUCCACCGGCUUUCGCGUCGGCGCUGUGGUAGGUGCCCUGCUUGUGGUUGUGGGCGGCUUCCUGCUGUUCCAGAGCUCGUCGACUCCGGUGGCCAAGCAGGUCUCCCUUAAGCGUGAUGCCUCUGUAUUGACCCCUUCGGAGCGCACCUUUGUGGACGGCGUCCAACCCGAGAAGAUGCGCGAGUUCCUGCACUCGUACGCCAGCGUCCCGCACACGUGCGGCACCGAGCAGGACUACAAGACCGCGCUGUACACGGCCGAGCAGUUCGCGUCGUUCGGACUGCAGGCCGAGAUCAAGGAGUACUACACGCUGCUGUCGUACCCGAUCCACCGUCGUCUGGCAAUCGUGUCGCCCGAGCAGAGCGUGCACGAGCUCAACCUCACCGAGGCGUCGGUGCCCGGGGACGCCUGCACCAACGACCCGGACGCGCUGCCUCCGUUCCUGGCGUACUCGGACUCGGGCAACGUCACGGCCUCGGUCGUGUACGUCAACUACGGCACCCAGGCGGACUUCGACUGGCUGGUAAGCAACAACGUGACUCUGGAGGGCAAAAUCGCUCUUGUGCGCUACGGCCGCGUUUUCCGCGGCCUCAAGGUCGCGCUGGCUGAGCAACACGGCAUGGCCGCGGUUAUCAUCUACUCGGACCCGAAGGACGACGGAUUCGUGCAGGGACCGGUGUAUCCCGAGGGCAUCUACCGUCCCAAGGGCUCCUUCCAGCGUGGCUCGCUGCAGUACCUGUCGCUGGCGUCGGGUGAUCCGUUGACGCCCGGUUGGGCCUCGGUGCUUGGAGCUCCGCGGCUCAAGUACGAGGACGUUGACAGCAUUCCCCACAUUCCGGCACUCCCGCUGUCGUAUGAGCAGGCGGACAUUAUCCUUCGCUCCAUCGGCGGAAGCAAGGCGCCGGAGGCGUGGCACGGCGGACUCACCUACCCGGAGGGCUACCGUCUCGGUGACGACGAAUCGCUCGUGCUCAACCUGGACGUGCUCAUGGACAACAAGGUCGGCCCGAUCUGGGACGUCAUCGGCACGAUUGAGGGCUCUGUUGAGCCUGACCAGCAGGUUCUGAUCGGCAACCACCGCGAUGCCUGGGUGUGCGGCGCUGUGGACCCGAGCAGCGGCUCUGCUGUCAUGCUGGAAAUCGCGCGUGGUCUGGGUGAGCUGCUGAAGCAGGGCUGGAAGCCGCGCCGUUCUAUUGUGCUGGGCUCUUGGGACGGCGAGGAGUUCGGUCUGCUCGGUAGCACUGAGUUCGCUGAAGAGCGCGCCGAGGAGCUGAAGCAGAAGGCGGUGGCGUACAUCAACGUCGACAACGUCGUGGGUCCGCUGGCUCUGGCCAUGGGCACCCCGUCGAUCGCCAAGUUCAUCGAGGACACUGCCAAGGCCGUGCCUCCCAACGAGUUCUUCGGCAAGGGCGACAAGCGCAACGAGCCUGGUGACAGCCUGUACGCGCAGUGGGCGGCUCAGACCGCGCGUCACCGCUCGCAGAUCUACGGCGUGUACGACGGCACGCUGGCACCCGACCACCUGAUCCAGUUCAUGGGCUCUGGCUCGGACUUCACCCCGUUCUACCAGCACCUUGGCGUGAUCUCGGCUAACCUGGGCUUCACGCUCAACGGCGCGGUGUACGGCACCUACCACAGCAACAUGGAUAGCCUCAUGUAUAUGGAGACGCUGGGCGACCCGCACCACGCGACCCACGCCAACAUGGCUCAGUGGUGGGGGCUCAUGACCAUGCGUCUGGCCACCGAUGUGGUCGUGCCCUUCGACUUCACCACCUACGGCCUCGUGAUGAAGGAGGACCUUGCCGGCUUCGAGGAGAAGAUCGUGGCCAUGAACCGCAGCGUGGACUUCACGGAGCUGCACGCGGCCAUCGCGAGCUUCACGGACAACGCGAACACCUUCCACGCUCACAUCCAGCAGUUCGAGGCUGCGGACGACAGCAGCAGCGACGAGUUGCUGCGUAGUUGGAACCAGAAGCUGGUGCUGCUGGAGCGCCACCUCAUUGACGAGACUGGUCUGCCUCACCGCCCCUGGUACAAGCACGUCAUCUUCGGCCCGGGCUUCUACGAAGGCUACCUGGGCACUGCCUUCCCGGGUAUCUCGGACAGCGUGGCUUUCGGCGACAACAGCACCACGAUGCAGGCGCACGUCAACGACGUUGCUCGCAUCGUCAACGAUGCUGCCAACUUCCUCGUCAUUGCGUAG